AUGGUUAGAACGUUUAAAAAGACAACAACACAAGAUUUUUAUGACAAAAAUAAAGAAAAUCCUGAAAUAUUUGUAUUGAUGCGAGACAUUGUUACGAAUACACAUCAUAUAGUACAAAGACGUAAAGUAAUCACGUCGAAAAAAAUAGAAAAACUUCAACCUGGUGAUGAAGUAAGUUUCGGUAAUCGUGGUGAUCGCAUUCGCUGCACUAUUCUUAUGAUUGGUAAGAUCUAUUUAUCUUCUUAUAUUAAAAGUAGAAUUUAUUUUGUUCUAGGCACAGAAGGCCAAUGCAAGAAUUCUCUCGUGAUCGUCGAAAAAGCUUCUGCAUCAAAAAAUAAACUUCGAAAAUCACUAGAAAAGAAAAUUGUUGAAGAUGAUAGUGAUCAAGAUAGUAUUAGUAAUUGUGGAAUAGAUGAAAAUGAAGAAGAAGAUAAUUCAGAUCAUGAAGAAGAACUUCGUCAUCAUAAUGAAAAACGAUCGUCCAAUGAUGUUCAUGUUUCAGAAUCUGCUCAUACUCAAUCAACAAUUACAAAAGAAACUAAGUCAGAUAAAAAUAUAUCGAAACGAAAAUUGUCUUCUGAAAAUGAAUUAGAUGAAUCAACUGCUAAACGUGUUCGUGGUUCUAAUGGUAAAACUGUUUCAGCAAAUCUUUAUGCUGUACUUCGACGUAAGGUGGAGUCACUUGAAGCUCAAGUUUUGGAAUACCAAACAACUUGGAUGCCUCGUCCAACUGACAGGGCAACAAUAGAUUAUUUAAUUGAUAUUGGGAAGGUUCUAAGUGGAGAAAACGAAAGCACAAAUGAUGACAAAAGCAAUGUGUUGGAAGACGUAGUCACUGCUUUGGAUGUUACGGAACAACAAUUAGAAAAAUGUAUAGGAAAAAAUAUUCGCAUUACCGUUCGUAAAAUAAUGAAGCUAAAGCAUCUUUCACCACCACCUGGUUUUAAAUUUGCUGAUGUUGAUCAAGAACAUAUAUCUGCAGCUAGGGAUUAUGCACGUUUAAUGCACCCACGAGAAGAAAGAUUUUAUACUGAUGGUGAUUUAAAUCACGCUAUGGGAAACGUUUUUGCAGCAAAUACUAGGGGUUGGAAGUUACCGUUCCCGGAUCGUUCCCCGGUAACGGGUCCCAUGGGAAAAGUUACCAGUUCCCGCGUAACUGGUAACGGAACAGUUACCAGUUACCGAGAAACUGGUAACGGGACCGUUACCAGUUACCGGGGAACGGUCCGGGAACGGAUUAACAGAGUACCCUUAGGUCCGGAAUGAAUUUUCCCUCUUAGCAUAAGGACAACAUAUAGUCAUGUUCGGGCCGAUCCUGGGGUUAUCGAGGAUGCUCUAUCGUUUGAUGGGUAUAUGUAUGGGUCCUGGUCCAUCCCAACACCCGAAAACCGAUAGGCUCAAAAAACAUCUGGGGUCAAAGGUCAAAAAAACAUUGAAUUUUCUGGAAGCCUUUCGUCCCUUAUUGUAAGUGUGCCUCACCAUUGUAAACCCCCCCCCCCCCCCCCGGGGUGGCCGCUU